CACUUGGGCUACAAGUUUAUCCGCCUCGACGGCUCGACGACCGUCUCGGAUCGCCAAGCGCUCAUCGAUCAGUUCAACGAAGACACGUCGAUCUUUGUCUUUCUUCUCUCGACGCGCGCGGGCGGUCUCGGCAUCAACCUCACGGCGGCGGACACGGUGAUUCUGCACGACUUGGACUUCAACCCGACGAUCGACGCGCAAGCCUGCGACCGCUGCCACCGCAUCGGGCAGACCAAGCCCGUCACGAUCUACAAGCUCGUCGCGAGCGACACGGUCGACCAAGCCAUCUACAACAUCGCCGAGCAAAAGACGCAGCUCAACGACGCCGUCCUCGGCGAGCUCGGCAAGUCCAAAAAGUCCACCAAGGCCGGAACGAACAGCUCGACCGCGGACGUCCAAGCCAUUCUCUCGUCCGUGCUCUCGUCGUACACUGCGAAAUAA